GAACAAAGAAAAUUCAUCGCCCUUAGAAUCAAGUCAAGCACAAGGUAACAAUAAUCCAAAAAAGAGGAAGAUAGCUGAAACUUCUAAUGUUAUCACGGAAUCACUGCCAUCUGCAGAAGCAGAGCCUGUUGAGAUUGAGGUUGAGAUUGCUGAAGGGACGAUUGAAGUGGAAGAUGACAGCAUGGAAACACUUGAAGUAGCUUCUGCAGAGCAGUCCAUAAAGUACAUACAGACAACGGGUACAUCAGAUGAAUCUGCUUUGGCUCUUUUGGCAGAUAUCACCAGCAAGUAUCGUCAGGGAGAGAGAAAAUGCCAAAUCCAAGAAGGAGGUGACAGUGCAAAUGAUCCCUCAUGCAAACAGGAGCACAUGAAAACACACUCUACUGAGAGUUACAAGUGUGACAUAUGCAAUAAAAGAUACCUACGAGAGAGUGCUUUGAAACAGCACCUCACCUGUUAUCACCUCGAUGAAGGUGGUGCCAGCAAGAAGCAAAGACCUGGCAAAAAAAUACAUAUAUGCCAGUACUGUGACAAGCAGUUUGACCACUUCGGACAUUUCAAAGAGCACCUCCGAAAACACACAG